UCUCUCUCUCUCUUCCGUUCGUUGCAUACAAAAUGCAUUAUUCGCAUCGCGUUGCCCGCCAACGUGUAAUUUUCCUCAGCGGGGGUCGAACGGCGGCAUGUCCCGAAUGGUCUCGAUCUCCAACCCUUCUUCCGUCACGUAGCCAUUCACGCUCUUCAUUCAACCUCCCGAUUUCCCAUGCUGCGCGCGCGUUCAUCUCUCGUCCGCGUCCCUCUCGUUUACUCUCCCUCUCUCUCUAUCUCCCUCCGCCUUUUUUUCCUCUCCCACUCCCCCUCAUUCAACUGCACAACGACGCAUUACGUCGCACGAUGCACCGAGCGCGGACAUUUCUUGUUGCGUCUUCGCGACGGCUUUCGAAUGAUCGACGGCGGAAAGGAGACGGAAGGGUUGCAAUAACGCGGGGGGAGGCUGGAGAAGGGCAGAAGCAGAGGGCUCGAGACGCGGAUGGCGCGACAACGGAGUCACUAGCUUGGCUCGCGGGGGAAGCUAGGUCCGAGAGAGGGGCAGCGGACGGCGGGAAGAGGGGAGGGGGACCGGGAUGGUUGCUGGCAGCGGGUGCAGGGUUGAAUAUCAACCCACGCGGUCGUCCCGGACGUGCACCGGUGCUAGUUCGGCUUUGCCUGAACUCGCGUAACCACGCGGCCGCCGUCGUCGCCGCGCGCUCGUCGCGAACCGGUGCCAGCGGUUGAAACGCGCAGCGAGAUCGAGCGGAAGGAUCGGAGCGAGGGAAGACAAAGCCGUUGGCAAAGCCGAGGGUGCGUGUGAAAAACCGGCGAGAAACCGCGCGACGCGUCGCGCCCGAUUGACGUUGUUGACGGUAACGUUGUAUCCGCGCUACCGGCGUGGAGCCGCGGCUACCGUCGUACACACCGGGCUGCAUCGAUUUUUCGACGUGACAUGGACCGGAUACCAAUGACCCCCGACCUACGGCCGGUUUAAAGGUCAGCGAAGCCGUCGCGAGUCGAGCCGAGCCGAGCGACGAAGACCGAAAGCCUUGUCGAAACUGGGAGAACGGAGAACACGCAGACGGAAGGAGAAAAGGGAAAGGAAGGAGAAAAAUAAGGAAGAGAGAGAAAAAAAGCAAAGUGGAUGAACGUUCCGAGUUGGCAAGCUUCGAGGGUGCGCGGAUCGAGAAGCGUGCGCCGCGCGUGCACCACGCGCGUUCUGGCUCUCCGAAGAAGGUUUGCGAAGAGGUCCGACAACCGAUGCCGUAAAUCGCGGAAUCAUUGAUCUUUCUUGAGUGUCGCCGUCGCCGCCGCACGUGAACGCCGCACAGUUGAACGAAUCUACGACGCAAUUACUCCGACGACGAAGCCGCCGUGAGCGGCGCUCGCGGAUGCCACGAGAUGAUCGUCGCAGCGAGAUCGCGAGCUUUCCGUUAUCAACGUGCUCGCGCGAUCGAUUCGCUCGAUCGAUGUCCACUAAGAUUCCUCGCUGGCAGAGCGACAUAGUCCACGUUUCCGCGCGGUCGUGGUUACGUAACGAGUCGCUUAUGAUGGGAACACGAUAGUUGUAAGAAUAACUUUAUGUGAGAGCGUGAUUUUAGGCUUGAUGCGUUCUCGUGAUGGAUCAGUGAAAUCGAGACGAUUUAUGACGAUGGAUGAAGAAUAUGCUUCGUAGAAAGAUGCGUGUCGAUUCGUAGAAGAUGAUGUUACACUGGAGAACUGAGAAUCAAAAAAGAGAGAUGACUGAUCAGAGUUAUGUUGUACCAUUUGAUCUGCAACGGUCUCGCGCGAUUUUUGCGCAUCACGAGCGAGAAGUGGUGGCGCUCUCGCUGUAGUCAGACGCGGUUCGAAAACAACGAGACCACGCUUUCCGGCGCGCGAAAUGUUAUUAAAAUUGUAGAAAGUAUGGAAACGCAUACGUCAUAGGACAUCUACAGCUGUAACCUAAUUUAGCAAGAUCAAACAAUCGAGGUUCGAUAAUUUUGAGGUCAAUUUACCGAAUCGCACAAUCGUUUAUAUACUCCCGACUUUAUAGAUAUUGUAUCUUAAAUAACGAGCAUAUCACCGAAAGACAGAUUAUAUUUUUACGCAUCAAUUUGAAUCGAAAUGAAAUACAAGAAAAUUAUUUUAUGAGCUCAAAGUGAUGUACAAUAUUUCCUCAUUUCUGCAACAGCGGAAAAAUGGAACGCGGCGAAUGCUUCUUUUGCGGAUUACACGAGAGUAUGUAUAGAUAAACAUGACGAGUGCAACGAUUUCUACGAUAUUAAUAAAAGCAAGACAAAAAAUCCAUAAAAAGAAUAAAACAACGCAAAUGAGGAGAAUAAUAACAAGAUAUAUAUGUAUAUAUAUAUAUAUAUAUACAUCAAGUUAAAAAAAUUGCCAUAAUUAGCGUGGCAAAUAUCUCCUGCGAACAAUAUCAAAUCCAAUUUUAUAUGUAACGCGUCGUAGUGAGAGGAUCUCGAAGUAUACAAAAUUAUAAAAAAAUAUAUCAUAAAAAUUAUACGAAAUAAAUAUGUUUCCCACGGGGAGCAACGUUUUCGUCGCCACUAAUCUUCACUGGACCCGGCAAGACUGGAAUUCACCAGCCAUGGAUCUGACAGCCUUCUAUGGGAUGCAGCAGAGAAGCAGCUUCCUGCCCUACUUGUCCGCGUAUCAUCCCUAUGAUAACUUCUCGAUGGCGUCCUACCAGAGCUACUUCCGCUUCCAGCACUACUUUAGAUCGCAGCUCACGCUCGGUCCCUACUCCGCUCUCAAUUAUUACGACUGUUUGGACGCGAAGAACUUGUACGCGUCGCUCUUCGACUCCCCGGUAUCCCUCGGAUCAGCAGGCUCGCCGCAGGGGAACCAGCCGGCGGACGCACCUUCACCCAUAAACUUUCCUGCUCCAGGGGAGAGCAUGGCCGACACCUCGACCCUGUCGCCGGAAGCGAACAUGCCGAGCUCGCCGGGCUGCCCCGUGGUCAGAGUGACGAGCGAGUACCUGCUGGGCAGCCCGAGUCCAGGGACACCACGCGGAGGAGACACUCUCCGUGGCGUCACCGGCAGUGGUGGCGGUGACGGAAGCGGAGGUGGAAGAGGAAGUGGCCAGGAGGGUCGCGACGCCGCGUGCCCGGACCGUGCGUCGCCCGACUCGGUCUUCCCGGAUGCCGGUCCGAUGGUGAGCUUCAGGGUCACCGAUGAACAGCAGCAGCAGCAGCAUCCACAACAGCAACGUUCCGCCACACCCGCGCCGACCAGAUCGUCGCCCUACUCGCCGGUCCAGACGGUCUCGUCGACACCGAUGGCCCAGGAAGCCUCCUCGAGGUGCGACACUCCGGACAAGGGUGACCUGUCGUCCGUCCAGACCAAGGAGGAGUCCGACAAUUCGGUCUUCGACGGUGGAGGUGGAGGUGGCGGCGGUAACAGUGGCGGUGGUGGUCGCUCGGAAGUCUCCAAUCAACUUAGCCACAGGAGCAGUCCGUUGUCCCAGUUCAACCCCAGCCAGAGCGUCAGUCCCGGUUCAGCUGGCUCCAUAGGGCCGCACGGGCCCACGCAACAGCAACAAUCACCGCAGACACCGCCGACACCGCCGAGGCCGCGCGCCCCCUCGGUACCACCGCAUCUGUUGGCUGCCCAUCAUCAAUUCUGGUCGCAGAACACCACCGGCGUGCAGGGAUUCGCCACGCAGAGGCUACUCAACGGCGUCAUCAGCAGCGCCGUCAGCUACGGCGGGCAGACCGCCACCGCCGUCUCCACCAGUUCCGGCGGCGGUGGCACCAGCAGUUCCGGCGGCACUAGCUCCAUCGUCAGCUGCGUCACCACCGGCGCCACCACCACGGCGACUUCGUGCGAAGGUAUGAAACCCCCGGCGCAGAGAGCAGUGCCGGCACCACCGCGGCCCCCGCCCACGGUGCUGAUGGGCGAGAUCGGCGGCGUCCGUACGAUGAUAUGGUCGGCGCCGCCGUUGGACCCGGUACCGCCGCCGGCGGCGUCGUGGACCGCCACGGCGGCGGCGGCCGCCGCCUCGUGUUCCUCGUCGGAGGAGUCGGCCGCCCAGCUGCUGCUGAACCUCGGCCAGGAGUCCCGGGGUAAGCCGCCCUCGUCCUCGUCCACCACGGUGCCGUACUCCGCCGCCGGGCCGCCGCUCAACAUGGAAAGGCUGUGGGCCGGCGACCUCACGCAGCUGCCGGCCGCGCAACAGAUGCAGGCGCUGAAUCUCACGGCAUCCGGUUCCGCCGCGCAACCGUGGGUGAGCAACGGCGGCACGGUCGUCAAGUCCGAGGCGGCCUCGCAGUCCAUAUCGGUCGCGCCGCCUGCACCCCCCUUACCGCCCCAGGAGCACGAGGAGGACGAGACGCCCAUGAUCUGCAUGAUCUGCGAGGACAAGGCGACCGGUCUGCACUACGGCAUCAUCACGUGCGAGGGGUGCAAAGGCUUCUUCAAGAGGACCGUGCAGAACAGGCGGGUGUACACGUGCGUGGCGGAGGGCGGCUGCGAGAUUACGAAGGCGCAGAGGAACAGGUGUCAAUACUGCCGAUUCAAGAAGUGCAUCGAACAGGGUAUGGUCCUGCAGGCGGUUCGGGAAGACCGGAUGCCUGGAGGGAGGAAUUCUGGCGCAGUGUACAAUCUUUACAAGGUGAAGUACAAGAAGCACAAGAAGAGCAACAAGGCGGGCGGCGUCGGCGGCGGCAUCAGCGGCAGUAAUGUCGGCGGUGUGAACGGCUCGGGCACCCUGGGGGGCACGAAGACCGCCAUGGGCACGAUGCUGGACAAACACAUGGCCGCGGCCGCGGCCGCCCAUCACAGCCAGCAGCAGCAACAGCAGCAUGCCCAGCUGGCCGGAAGCUUCCUCCACCAUCACAAAAUCUCGUCGGGCGAUCCGCUCAACUCGGCGCCCACCCCCAGCCACCCGAGCCACCCCGCGCAUUCGGGUCACCUCGUCAACGGGACGAUCCUGAAAACCGCGCUCACCAAUCCCUCCGAAGUGGUGCAUUUACGGCAAAGGCUAGACAAUGCAGUAAGCAGUUCGAGGGAUCGAGUCUUUCCUCUGGACGCAACUCUAACUAUGAUUCAAACCCUUAUAGACUGCGACGAGUUCCAAGAUAUCGCCACGUUGAGGAACUUGGACGAGCUGCUGGACCAUAAUUCAGACUUAAGUGAGAAGCUGUGUCAGAUAGGAGACAGCAUAGUGUACAAGUUGGUGCAGUGGACCAAAAGGUUACCGUUUUACCUUGAGCUGCCGGUCGAAGUUCACACGAGGCUGCUCACCCACAAGUGGCAUGAACUUCUUGUACUGACCACUUCCGCCUACCAAGCGAUGCAUGGUCAGCACAGGUUGACCAAUGUCGGGACUGACGGAACGGGUGCAGAUUUUAUGCAGGAAGUAACGAACAACAUGUAUACGUUGCAAACGUGCCUAACCAGCAUGAUGGGUCGACCGAUAACCAUGGACCAAUUGCGGCAAGACGUAGGGCUCAUGGUGGAAAAAAUCACGUACGUCACGCUAAUGUUCAGGCGGGUGAGGCUACGGAUGGAGGAGUACGUCUGUCUAAAAGUAAUCACUAUGCUCUCACAAGACGCGAAAUCACGAGGCGGUACACUGGAAUUAGAACAGAUACAAGAACGGUACAUGAGCUGUCUACGAAGUUUUGUCGAGCACAGUGCGCCCCAGCAGCCGAGUCGAUUUCACGAUCUUCUCGUCAGGUUGCCCGAAGUACAAUCGGCGGCGGCUCUUCUACUCGAGAGUAAAAUGUUCUACGUUCCUUUCCUAUUGAACUCAGCAAUUCAAAGAUAGUAAAUAAACAAUGCGACGAUAAACGAAGCUGAAUACCUAUAUACAUACUAUAUAUAUAUUAUAAAUAUAUACACGCAGAAAAGUAAAACAGAACCGAACAAAACAGACAACAAGCAACAAACGAACAAAGAAACGGAAAGAAACGAGCCCGAUAAGAGAGAGAUAGAAAUAGAGAGAAAGAGGACUCGAGCCGAAUGGGGAAAGGCUUUGCUUGUGAGGGCGGAAGUGAAGGAGGAAUCGUUCAAGCGGGAAGAACAGCGGACGAUGAGAAAGUAACCAACGUCGGGACGGCGACAGAAGGUGGGAAGAGAAUUGAGCGAGAAAAGGAGGAACGAUUUAAGUAGAAUAUUAAAGAAAGAGUAUAUAAAAGUAUAUAGAGAGCGAGAGCGAAAGAGAGAGAGAGAGUGAGAGCGAGAGAGAAAGAGAGAACGAUUGAGAGUGCGAGAGUGAGAGAGAGAGAAAGGGAGGGAGAGAAAGGAAGCGCGCCACCUCGAGAUGGGCAAUCAAUCGAGGAGGGAACUGAACUUUUUUAUCGAAA